AAUCUUCACCAAGACGCUGGCAGGUCCCUGGCCCCAAGAUGGCGGCGCCCAGCGCAGUGGCUGCUGCUGCCUCCAGCGAGAGAGAUGGAGGGGGCAGCGGCUUUGAAUCGUGGCUAGAUGGACGGUUGGAGGCGCUGGGAGUGGACCGAGCCGUUUAUGGCGCCUACAUCUUGGGUGUCCUGCAGGAGGAGGAGGAAGAAGAGAAGCUGGAUGCUCUGCAGGGUAUUCUCUCUGCUUUCCUGGAAGAAGAUUCCCUCCUUAAUAUCUGCAAGGAGAUUGUGGAACGAUGGUCAGAAACUCAGAAUGUUGUCACCAAAGUGAAAAAAGAAGAUGAGGUCCAGGCCAUUGCCACCCUCAUUGAGAAGCAGGCACAAAUCGUGGUGAAGCCCAGAAUGGUGUCAGAAGAGGAGAAGCAGAGGAAAGCUGCCCUUCUGGCCCAGUAUGCUGAUGUGACAGAUGAAGAGGACGAAGCGGAUGAGAAGGAUGACUCGGGCGCCACCACGAUGAGCAUUGGUUCUGACAAAUCUCUGUUCCGAAACACCAAUGUGGAAGAUGUCCUCAAUGCCCGAAAACUGGAGCGAGACACGCUUCGGGAUGAGUCCCAGAGGAAGAAGGAACAGGACAAGCUGCAGAGGGAGAGAGACAAACUAGCCAAGCAGGAACGCAAGGAAAAGGAAAAGAAAAGGACACAAAGAGGGGAGCGAAAGCGAUAACCUUGGUCCACUCUAUUUCUCCUAAUGAACUUGGUCAAAGGGAGACCUGGUUGUGCAUUUGUGUAUUUAAGAGAAAUGAGAGAACAUUGCCAGGUAGUUUCCCAAGGCAUUUCCCCUUUUGUUUACAUGGUCACAAGGAAAAUCACAAUUCUAGCUAAUUACGAAAUGUGCCAUGUCUCUGUGUGGUGUGGGUAAUCAUGUUAUUGUAGCUGAUGUCUGAACCAAAGAUCUGGGAUGGGGACAGCCUCUGUAUUUUAAUACUGAAGUCCUGUACUCCUUUUGACCACUUUAAAAAGUCUUCCCUUACCUUGGAUAAACAGCAGGAAUAUUCAGAAAGCUGAGUUUUUGUCCUGAAAGAGCUGAAUCAUGACCACUCCUUCCCUGAGAUGAAUUGUAGGAGUGUCAAUUGCUUCAGAAGUAUUAUUCACAUCUAAAUAAAUGGUUUUAUGGCUGAAAUAGGAAGCUAAUGAAGAGCCCUGCCCGGAUCGACUUUUAUGUUACGUGGCAACAAAAUAGGAAAAUAAGAAAAGGUUAUUUGGUGGAUGUUCUGCAUAUGAGAUUUUUUUUUUUAAGUUUCAGCCUAUGAUAGGAAACAAAGUUUCUUUUAGUAAGAGAUAGUUAUAUAUUUUUCCUCAUCUAGGCUGUGAUUUUAAGAAGGAUGUGUCAGUAUUGAGUGCAGGGAAUCAUCAUUAGCUAGAUUCAUUUUUUUAUAAUCAUGAAUCCUCUUGAGUGCUAGUAGAGAUUUUAACCCUGAUCUGCCCUAAUACAAGGACCUGAUAAUUACAGGUUUAGAGAAACCCUUUGAAGGAAAAACACUGAAAAUCUCUGCUAACACAAAGAUAUUUAAGAGUGUACAUAGUAGGUGCUCAACAAAAUGUAUUGAAUGACUGAGUGAAUGGAAAAACUGCUUGGGAGAGUUGAAAGUGAGUAGGAACUCUCCUCCAUUUCUACUUUUGUCACAAACCACAUUUGGUUGUAAGUAGCCCUUUCUCUACUUCAGGAAGCAGACUGUCAAGAAGCCUGAAGAGAGCAAUUUCUCUGUCAAGACAGAAAGUCGAUACAUUAUACCAGGGGUGGGCAAACUACUGCCAAAUUUGGUCGUUUGUUUUUGUAUGGUUUGAGCACAUUGGAUCGCACAUUUUUAAAGGGUUGUAAAAGAAACAACAUGCGACAGAGACCUUAUGUGACCUAUAAAGUAUAAAAUACUUACUACCUGGCCCUUCAGAGAAAAUGUCUGCUGACCUCUGUUUUAUACCAUUAACUAUGAGAUUAACAAAAAUUUUUACUGUUCCACAGAAGGUAAAAAACAUGGUUAAGGAAAUGACGUGUCACCUCUAUACACUCCUAUAACCGUGUCAUUGUAAAAUUUUUAAAAAAAAUAACCAGCUUUUUAAAAAAUAAACUAUUUAAAUCAG